UAAAAAUAUUUUAUACCACUAUCACCGUCACAAACCACCGCUAUCACAAACCCACUACCACCCGAAAUCAACAAACUAUCACAGUAACAAGAACCUAAAAUCAACUAGCCUCCACCAGUCCACCAUAACCAAAACCCAAUCAACCCACAACCACUGCAAUCCACCAAAAUCAGCUCACCACGAACCCAUCAAAAUCAAACAACCACAAAAAAAGAAAAGAAAAAAAAAGACCCACAAAAACCCAAAAAAACCAUCACCACAACCACUGCAAUGACCGUCGCCAUAACCCAAAACUUCCAGUUGGGAGAGAUUUAAAAGCUCUCGGUGGCAUGGAUGAGGGAAGAUGGUGAGAUCGACGCUUGGUUGAGAAAGAGGAUGAGAUCGGCAGCGUGGCUAAGAUUGAUGGGUUAAAUGAGAAAAGAACGAUCUAAGCAAACUGCUUUCCUCACAAAUCACGAUUGAUGGCAAGCAAAAGAGUAAAAAGCACAUAUCGCUUGCAAUCUUCGAUCUUCUUCUUCUUGUAUAUAUUCUUGUUUUGUUUCUCUGGUGUAUAUUGCUCCGCUAGAGAUAUUUUGAAGCAUGGUGAGUGGAUCAUUGACAACGGUUCAACUCUUGUCUCCGCUGGAGAAAAGUUUGAACUUGGAUUCUUCACCCCUUCGAAAGGCUCCAGCUCCAAAAGGUUCAUUGGGAUAUGGUAUCGCAAUUGGGGUGGUCAACAAGCAGUUGUAUGGGUUGCCAACGGGGACAACCCAAUACUUUACGGUUCCACUGGAAUGUUUGGAAUUGCAGAAGAUGGAAACGUCAAGGUUUUGGAUAUUUCUAGUUCUGGAAAAGAAUAUUGGUCUACAAAUCUUAAUAAAGCCUCAUCCACAAAUCGGACUGUGAAGCUCAUGGAUUCUGGAAACCUGGUCUUAAGCGAUGAUAAUCAAUUCUGUGGGAGAGCUUCAAAAAUCCAACUGAUACGUUUCUUUCAGGAAUGAAGAUGGAUGAAAAUAUAACUUUGGACUCAUGGAAGAACUCUGAUGAUCCGGGAAGUGGAGAUUUCAAGUUUAGGCAAGAUGGAGAGGGUGGCUACGUUAUAAAAAAUAAAGCGGUUACAUACUGGAAAAGUCGGAUCAAAGGCACGUUCAUGAGAUCAGAUAAAAUUCCUAGUAGAAUAUUCUAUUUGUUAUCAAACUUUAGCACAAAUUCUUCUUCAUAUUUCAAAAAACCAUUAUUAUCUGAGAAUGAUAAUUACGCAAGACUGGUGAUCAAUUUCUUUGGGGAGUUUAAGGUAUCUGGUCUGGGAUAAAAAUAAUCAAAAUUGGUCCGUGGGAUGGCGGGAGCCAGAAGACCAAUGUAGCAUUCACAAUGCUUGUGGGAAAUUGGGGAGCUGUAAUAUCAACAAUUUGUUCACUCGGUGCAAAUGUUUGCCUGGGGCCAAGCCUGCUGAGCCUGAGAAGUGGAAUAAUCUAAUAUUUUCUGAAGGGUGCACCCAAACUUCGACAUCAUGUGAGAAGAG